AAACCCCAACGCCCCAAUCUUCUCUCCCCGGCACCAUACCCACAGCCACAGACACACGUAUGGACACAUGCUACACGGCGCGAGUCUGUCUGUGUGUCAGUGACUCAUGACGCGAAGGGGUCGCUGCCAGCAGUGAAGUCUGAGGGAGGUGGGGGCGGCUGGUGCUGGUUGUGGGUGUGAUACGAUGACGACCCUCGCACAUGGAUGCCCAAACCGGCCUGCAUGAUGCAGACACACACAUACAUACAGGGAGAGAGAGAGUGACGCACACGUGGGGGGAGAACUCACCAGUUUUUCGACGAUGAUGCGUUCAUUUUUCUGUGGCCUCUGUCUGCUCCACUCCGUCUCGAUGAUCAUGCCGACGUUCCACCCACGACGCUCAAGCGACCUCACCCACUCCAAAGCCAACGCUGCAGAAUGCACACACACACACACACAGAGACGUUGGUUGUCUGCUGUCUGUCUGCCCACGCUCACAGGCGCACGCACUCACCGCUCGGUCGAGAGUGGAUGCCGUCACGGCCUCUCAGUAGCCUGCAAACACAUAAACCCACACAAGGAGACACAGAUGAGAGAGAUACACCGGCAUCCAUCCAUCCAUCCCGGUGUGUGCGUGCUGACCGCUUCUUCUCGACAAACACGAGAGCGGCCUUGGCGCCACUGGCAUCGGCGCUGCUGCUGCUGGCGUCAGGGCUGGGGCUGGCUGCUGCUGUCUCAUCAGCAGCAUCUGGUGCUGGUGCUGGUGUUGGUGGUGGCGGUGGUUGUGUGACGACGGCCAAAUCGACGACGUGCGGGAGGUCGGGGGACCGGUAGAACACCUCAUGCGACACACCCAGCCUGUGGGCACCGAACCACCACACAAACACACGCACAGAGAGAGAGAGAGGUGGAGAAAGAGAUAGAGAGAGAGAGAGUGUGUGUGUGCUGCUGCUGCUCCUGUCCCUGACCUGUCGAGUAUCUCGCUGGUGUCGUGGGCCCAAUUGCGUCUGAAGGCGUAGUCCUCGCCAAAGCCCUUAUUGAGGUUCUGCGGCCCCUCGGGCCAGGUGAUGACGGCGUCACACAUGGCGGUGAGGUCGUCGAGGUGGGGGGUGGUGGUGGGGAGGGAGGGGAGGGACUCGUGCUGGAAGGCGUCAACCGUCUGACACACACACAUGGAUAGAAUGAUGGAUGGAAGUGUGUGUGUGUGUGUGGUGACCUGGAAGAGUUUCCUGUAGACGUUGCUGUCCUGUCGGAAGUCGUAGCACUUCAACACCUGCCAGCCACAAAUGCCACAGAUAAACAGAUGGAUGAGGGGUGCAAAGAUUUGCACGCCCACAAAAAGUUAGGGGCUUGCAGGAUGCCAUUCGCUGACCACUCUGAGAAUGUGAUGGAAGUCGGGCAGCAGGUGGUGCUGCGUCACCGUGAAACACCUGCACACACCAAUCACACACAUCUCUCUCUCUCUGUGUGUGUGUGUGUGUGUGUCUGUGUGGCUGACGGACCACAGCAGGUGCGAGAACGCCCUCUUGAGCUCUGUGGCCAGGUACUGGUUUGCGAUGCCCUCGCCGCUCAUGGCGCUCUCAAGCUGACCAUUCUGCGCCCCCUCCAACACACGGUCGUACAGCUGACAAACACCACACACAUACAAAGAUACACACACGGAUGCGUGUGAGGUGGUGGUGUGGUGGUGGGAUGGGGGCUGCAUACGUAGUCCAUGAGAGGCGCGUAGGUGACGUUGGCGUGCACCAGAGUCGACACGAUCUGCAAGGUCGACUUCCAUCGUGCAGCGUGGUUGAGUGGGAAGUCGUUCUUGCUGGCCCGGUCCUUGAGGAUGUCCAAGGUGCGCCGACCAAUGCCCUCAAACGCACCUAACCACACAUAACACACAACACACACACGCCGACACCAUACACACACACACACACGCACACGCACACGCUCACACACGGGCGCUUACCCUGGUCGACGAAUCGUAUCUUGAAGAGGCCCGCGGUGAGAGUGACGACCUGCAUGAGGUCGAGGGCGUUGACGGCCUGCUCGUUGGUCAGAUACGUCGCCAACAGAUUCAUGACGUUGGUGUCCCAGUACUCCAGAUUGCCAAACGUCCUGCACACACAGAGAGAGAGGGAUUGACGUCUCUCACAGUUGUGUGAGCGGGUGGCCAUGGGGGAGAGAGAGGGAGAGAGGGGGCGCGUGUCAGUAUGUUUACCGUCCGAUGGAGAUCCACAGGCGUGUGCUCUGCUCCGACCGAGACGUCAUCGACGCCAACAGCUCGUCGCCAUGCGCCUGCACACACCCACAAUUUCUCUCUCUCUCUCUCUCUCUGUGUGUGUGUGUCUGUGUGUGGCUACAUUGAUGAUAGUGGCGAGUGUGCCAAGGAGGGAUGUGUUCCUGUGGUUGAUGAGCGAGAGGCACUCGAGCACCACCCCCACCUCAGUCAAGCUCAGACCGCUCAGGUCCUGCACACGUCCAGCACACAGACACAGACAGAGGGAGAGAGAUGUGUCGUUGGGGCAAUGGGGCUGUUGCGUGCCUUGUAGACAAUCGAGCCGAUGACGGACUCUAUCAGCCUGAUGACACACGAACACACAGAGCUGUCUCCCCCACCACACACCCACACACUUACGCCCUGAUCUCUGCCGUCAUCUGCACCUCACCGAAACCCUCCUACACACACAUGCACACACACACACGCAUGAUGUCUGUCUGUAUCUCUAUCUCCGUCUGAUGCACUGCACUCAAGUACCAAUGCCUUCUGGCCCGGCUGCCUGUCGCCCGGCGGCUUGCAGAAGAUGCGCAGGAUGGUAAGGUGCUCCUUCAGAUCUAAGGAAGGCACGUGCUCCAGCAGCACUUGACAGAGAUGCGCACGCACGCCUAAACCCCACACACAUCCAUCCAUCCAUCAAUGACGUCACACGUACCGGGAGCCAUCUGCGCGACGUCCCUGACGGUGGACACGUUCCUGCUAUAGAGAGUGGGGUCGUGCAGGACGCUCAGCAGCCGCACCAGAUCGGGCGGCGAGAAAUCGGACAGUAUCACGGGAUGGCGCGUGAUGUACUGCACACACAAGAUGCCCAUGGGUGUUUCUCUGUGUGUGUGUGUGUGUGGUGUGGGACGGGGGGAGAGAGAGGGGCGCGUACCGUGAGAACGCUCUUGAGGACAUCCAUGUUGCGCGUGUACCUCAUAGGGUACGCCCGCAGCACUUGUAGGAAAAAGUCACUCGACAUGUCGAUGAUGGCCGCACCAUCGGCAGCACCCUCCCCCCCCUGCUGUUGCUGCUGCUGCUGUUGGUGAGCCUCCAUGUCGACAUCGCCGCUGAUCUGCGUGGCUGCGUCGAUGAUGGCGAGGACGUGUGGCUUGAGAUUGGCCAGCUGCAUGGCGCCCCGCUGGCCCUGCCUGUUGAGCUCCACUAACAGAUCACUGCACACACAUCACACACACACAGGGACUCUCUCUCUCUCCGUGUGUGUGUGUGUGUGUGAAGGUGAGUUCAGGUGAAGUACCCGAAGGUGUUGAGGUGUUCCGAGUUGACCAGCUGCUGCUGGAUCAGGCUCCCUCUCCCCAGCUCGUCGACCAGCUCCGGGCACGAGAUCGACGCGCGGCCGAGGUAGUUGAGCACCAUCACACAACGCUGAGAAACAAACCCAUCCAUCCGUCCAUCCAUCCAUCCAUCGCCCCCGCCACCACCUCCACCUACCUUAAUCUCUUCCAUGACGUCCAUCUGUGGCUGCUGCUGCUGAUGGUCCGGGCUGCCCUCUUGCUGCUGCUGCUGCUGCAGCUGCAGGUGGGCCAGUCGCAUCUUCUCGCGGAACUUGAGGGCGAAUAUGGAGGAGCAUCGCUUGAGCGGUGUGCGUAGGGUGAGGCUGCAGAGGGCCCACAUGCAGUAGGCGAUCGUGUCGGUGUCCACCGACGAACACGCCGACACUGUCGAGUCGAGAAACGACUGUACACACACACACACACACACAAGGACACAGAAGAAAUGUGUGCGUGUGCCGCCGAUGAGUGUGUGGUCGGUUCGGCGGGGGGGAAGGGGCGUCUGUGUGUGCCGUGCCGGCCUCUUACCACGAUGGUGGGGUGCUGUUUGUCGAAGACGUUCAUCUCCACCAGCAGCCCCAGCACCUGAAACCGCUCGUUCCAGUCCAGCGGGCUCGCCGCGCCACGCACAUCUAUCGUGUCGACGAUCUUGCGGAAACACCGCCUGCGAUACACAUACAAUGCCCCCAUGUGUGUGUGGAUGAAUGUGUGUGUGUGUGUGUGGGUGGGAGAUUGAGGUCUUACGGGUCACUCGAGGUGAGCGUGUUGAGGUCGAUGGCCUCCUUUGGCUCGGGGGGAGGGGGUGGAGGUGGGGGCGGCUGAUGCGGCUGCUGUUGGUCGUAGUACUGAGGUUCCGCUGACAUGCCUGCAGACACCAACAGACAGACAGACAGACAGACAGACCGGUGCAAUGGAUCUGUUUACGCAGACACACGCACCUUGCUGGCCAUAGUACGCUGCCGCCUGUGAGGGGUCCUGCGGCUGCUGAUACCCACCACCCCACUGCUGCUGCUGGUCGUAUGACGCACUGGCCUGGCCGUUUGGGUCAGUGGCAACGCCGUAGUACGCCUGAUGCUGCUGGUGCUGUGAGGGGUCGUACCCCCCCUGUGGCUGUUGUGAGGGGUCAUAGGCUCCGUUCUGGUAGUACUGCUGCUGGGCGGCAUCCUCUUGAUGGGCGUACACACCCUCCUGCUCAUAGUACUGCUGAUGAGGAGGGGGGUACUGCUGCUGCUGCUGCUGAUAUUGGUGAUACUGGGGGUCCUGAUACUGGUAGGGGUAGCCGUAGUAGGCGCCCGCGUCCUGCUGCUGCUGCUGCUGGUAGAAGCCGCCACCGGUCGCGUCGGAGUAGGGAUCCACAGACACCUGACUCAACACACACAUACGCAAUCACCCACACAACAACGUGUUGACGACACACCAAACCUUCUCAUCUGAAUCUGUCUGUCGCACCACUCAAGACCACUCAAGACACUGACCUGCCCACCAACAUCCUCAACAUGCUGCGCAUUCACUCCACCUCCACCAGCACCACCACCAGCGGCACUCGCCUGUGUCUGCGCCACAGUGCUCUGCCACCGCGCGUAGCCAUUGCACGUGGGGCAGUUGCUGCCAGGUCCAGCUCCUCCAGCAUUGCCAAACAGCGGCUGCGACAAAACAGUCUGCGGCGCGCCCGGCUGAGCCACCACACGCCACGCGACGGAGGGGUGGGGAGGGCGCAACGUGCGCAGCGGAUGAAGCACGUGCAGCUUCAUCUCUCUCCCAAAGACGCAAAACCGCGAUAAAAGAUCC